GGAGGUGACGCGGCCCGAGGGCGGAAGUGAGAAAGUUGCCGGCGUCCCGAGACCGAGUUGGCGGAACUGUGCGCGCGCGGCUCGGCGAUGGGGGGCUCGGGCAGCCGCCUGUCCAAGGAGCUGCUGGCCGAGUACCAGGACUUGACGUUCCUGACCAAGCAGGAGAUCCUCCUAGCCCACAGGCGGUUCUGUGAGCUGCUUCCCCAGGAGCUCCGGAGCAUGGAGGAGUCGCUGCAGGCCAGAGUGUCCCUGGAGCAGAUCUUCAGCCUUCCAGAGCUCAAGGCCAACCCCUUCAGGGAGCGCAUCUGCAGGGUCUUCUCGACCUCCCCGGCCCGAGACAGCUUGAGCUUUGAGGACUUCCUGGACCUCCUCAGCGUGUUCAGCGACACGGCAACGCCGGACAUCAAGUCCCACUAUGCCUUCCGCAUCUUCGAUUUCGACGACGAUGGAACCUUGAACAGAGAAGACCUCAGCCAGCUGGUGAACUGCCUCACGGGAGAGGGCGAGGACACGCGGCUCAGUGCGUCCGAGAUGAAGCAGCUCAUUGACAACAUCCUGGAAGAGUCCGACAUCGACAGGGAUGGGACCAUCAACCUCUCCGAGUUCCAGCACGUUAUUUCCCGUUCACCGGACUUUGCCAGCUCCUUCAAGAUCGUCCUGUGACAGGAGCCACACAGCCGGUCUCCCAGCCGCCCCGUAGAAUGACCUUGACACCGCCGAGCUGUGGCCAAGGUUACGCCUGUGUUGCCAGGGCCGGCCGAGCUGGCCCGGUGGAGCUGGCGCUGUGAAGUCUUGUCCCAGGCAGGGAAGGGCGCGCCAAGUCAGUGCCUCGCCCCUUCUCACUGCCAUUGUCACCGCUCCGUUUCUACUAAUCAGCAAUAAAGGUUAAGACGUUU